AUGUACUCCAUGGUGGAAUACUUCGGAGACAUGGGACAAAUCGGGCAGGACUACGGUUCCAAGAACUCGCCAACAGACAGCUCGAAUCUGGACCAUGUCACUAAGGUGAUCGCAUACCAUCCACGCUACCUGGACCACUUUCUAAACACACAGAAAUUUGUCAUGCAGUGCGAUGGACCGCUGGCGUACGACUAUAGGAACUACAUCGCUAUUAUGGCUGCUGCCCGCCAUAAAUGCACGUACCUGGUUAAUCUGUAUGAGGAAAUAUUCCUGGCGAACGGUGGUGACCCGAACUGGCUGAACGGGCUCGAACACAUCCCGGCGAAACUGCGUGCCAUUUCAGACAUUAACAAAAUCCUUGCCCAUCGUCCAUGGCUACUAAACAAGGAACACAUCGAGCGGCUUACAAAAGGGCAGAACAGUUGGUCACUGUCCGAGGUAGUCCACGCGAUUGUGCUACUGGCCCACUACCAUUCGCUUUCCUCCUUCGUGUUUUCCUGCGGGCUUACCCAGGAGGUGGACGGCGCUAGUCACAAAAUUGAAAACAACAACGUUCUCACCCAGAAGACUGCCUUCAAUCGUUUACAUGAUCUGUAUAAUUCUCAGCAUCCCGAAAACCUCCCGAAUAGUGAUGAUGGUAAUAUCCGUCCGGAAGUGAGCGUCGAUGCGUUGAUGCAGCGUAUGAAGCGUCUGUCGGAGAAGAUCGACGAAUGUAGCGAAACAGAGCUCAGCAAUCGCUUCAAGCAUGUCGAGCAACAGGCGGCAGAAUUGCCGCCGGUUGUUCGGGAGGCACCGGCAGAUGUACCGCAGCAGAUAGGCCGAUACGUUGACGAUCCGUGCUUCACAUAUCAGGAUUUCGCUCGUCGUGGUGCGGAAAACAUUCCGCAAACGUUCCGGAUACAGGACUACUCCUGGGACGACCAUGGAUACUCACUAGUUAAUAGAUUGUACAAUGACGUUGGGUUCUAUCUGGAUGACAAAUUCCGGGCGGCCUACAAUCUAACGUAUUACACGAUUGCAGGACGCACGAAUGUUGACACGUCCAAGUUCCGCCGUGCCAUAUGGAACUAUAUCCAGUGCAUCUACGGCAUCCGCCACGAUGACUACGAUUACGGGGAGGUAAACCAGCUGCUUGAUCGCUCGCUGAAGAUGUUCAUCAAGACGGCCUGCUGUUUCCCGGAGCGCAUCACCAAGCUGGAUUACGACAGUGUGCUCGUCGAGCUGCAGCACAGUGAAAAGGUUCACAUCAAUCUUAUGAUCUUGGAGGCCCGCAAUCAGGCGGAGCUGCUGUAUGCCUUACGCGAAGUUAUGCGAUACAUGACAUGA